CUGAUGAGGUAAUGCAAUUUAAGACAUGGAAGCUAUCGCAAUUAUGUUCAGUGAAAAAUUUUUAGUUAUUUUAUUUGAGCUUGCUUAAAUUAAAAACUGAUUUUUAAUGAAAAUAAACAUUUUCGAUGUAAAAUUCGGUAAGAAUGGUAAAAUCUAAGUUUAUGUGGAAGGGGGACAAAGACAUUAUUAUUAAGAAUUGUUCUUCAUCGCAUUCAUUUUUAAGUACAACCCAAGUAUUGACAAUGGAACAAGAUCUAGAUUGUGCUACCGAAGAUAAUCGACUUUUUUUAGAAGAUGAAGGCUUGUGCUUAGAAGAUACUUCAGAUUUACCAACAUCUUUAAUUAUAACUAAUAUUGAUCAAAGGGUGUUCUCAGAUCAAGAAUUAAAGGCAAAUUUUGAAGAUUUGUUCAAACAUUAUGAAGAGGAUGCAACAUUCCAGUAUUUCAAGAGCUUUAAAAGAGCUAGAGUGAACUUUCAGAGCCCAGCAUCAGCUGCACAGGCAAGAAUUCAUUGUCAUCAGUAUCAAAUCGGAGAAAACUUUAUUAACUGCUACUUUGCUCAGCAAAGUAGCAGUAAAGAAACUGACCCAUCAGAUAUACAUUUACAACCUCCAACCCCAGAGAAACAGUUCCUGAUUUCACCACCUGCAUCACCUCCUGUUGGUUGGGCACCAGUUGAUGAAGCUCAUCCUACCAUUAACUAUGACAUACUCUCUGCCAUUGCUGAUCUGACACCAGGAGGUGUUCAUGAACUCCAUCCUCCAUCUAGCUCUCAACCUGGAAUAGUUGUUCAUGUCUGUGAAAAGGAGGAAGACCAUACCCGACCCAAACUAAAGAUUGUUCAGACACGAUGUCCAGAAAGGGUUCCCUCUCUUGAGGAGUUGGAUAGCCCAUCUCCUCCUAACUCUGCUGAUUAAGAAAUUAAAACACAUUUUGUAUUAGACCAGAUUAUGGUUCAGUGACUAUUUCAAAGUUAGCAAGUUUCCAACUCUCAGUUAUACAAUCAAACUUGAAAAUGUGUUAUAUUACAUGGAUAAAGUCUGUGUAAUGAAUAAAUAUAAUCAUCAUUAAGAAAUGUACUUACUUGAAAGAGAAAACUAAAUUAAAUGAUUAACUAAAGUUUAAUUUUCAGAUUUUAUAAAGUGUUAGUAUAUAUUGUAAUUUGAAAUUCCAAACAAGUAUGACUAUAGAUAUCAGAAUUUAUUGCUAUUAAAUGUAAAGAAAUUAGUCCUUAGAUUUCAAGCUUGAGUGAACUGUUACUAACCUUCAAUUAUUGGAUCACACCUCCUAUACCCCAGCAUAACAUGAAAAUGUUAAAAGGUAUCACAACUGAUGUUUAUCUUUAACACAUUGUUUUGCAGAGAAUUAACACUUACUGAGAAAUUUACCUUGAUAACUAUGUCAAUUGUUUAUCAUUUCUUUCUUCUGUUUUUUUUCUGAACAUGAAGUAUUAUAAAACGUUUUUGGUGAAAUAAAUAAAGUGCUUGCUAUAUAUAUAUAUUGUAUAGUGUGAUUAGAUGUAUUUAAACUUAUUUUGAAGAUGUUUUAUAUGUGAUAGAAAAUUAGCUGUGUUUUCAGUUACUUAUUGAAGAAAUUGCAAAAUGGAAUGUUUGAACAUAUACAAGGUUUUUGAAACAGCUCUUGGUGGGAAUAUUAUAAUUUUUGUCUCUAAAAGUGAGACACAAUCACAUACACUAUUGAUGAUAUCUUGUAAUUAAAAAAUAAACAUAACAUUCCCACUAAAAGCUGUUUCAAGAACUGUGUGUAUAUAUAUAUGUGUGUGUUUGUGUUCAAUAAGUUAGUUGGUAUCUAUUAAAAUGAAAAUGAUUUUAAGUAUCAGAACAAACCUGAAUAUCAUGAAGAAAGAAACAUGUUUACUUUUCAGGAGAGAAGAUAAAAAAUGUGUUCCAGUUUUCAGAAAUAUGGGUUUAUGCUGAAAGUUUAACUUUAAUUAUAUUUUUUGAUCUGGUAAGUAUAGAGAAAUUUUGAUGAUCAUAUUUAUGCAUAAACAAAGCAAAAUAUACUUUAUUUUGAUGACUAAAGCUUAUUGCUGUUAUAAGUCACUGAAUAUAGUUAUUUUGAAAAGUUGUAAAACACUUACAUUUAAAGAAUAGUUUUCUCAAUCUUACUGUGGAAAUAAAUGAAUUUUUUUAUCAGUUCUGUUUUUUAAUAAAUGCUGUACUUGAUUCCAAGAAAAAUGUAGAAAUUUUCUGUUAUUGCAUAAUUUUUAAACCUACUAACAAAUAUCUUAAAUGUUAUACCAUAUUAAUUUAUAGAUGAAGCUGUUUUAUCUUAUUUAUAAAUUUUAGGUAUGUUAAGUUAUAUAAUUAAACUGUUAUUAAGAUAAAAGUAUUUGUACAUUGUAAUAAACCAGCUUUUAUAUUCCAGUUAGCUGUCCUAUAUUGAAGACAAUCAGUCUUUCUAGAAACUAAUAAUUUUUCACUUUGCUUUAUCUGUAACUCAUAAUUUACAUUGUUCAAUCUUGGGAAUAAUGUGACUUUGUAACUGUAUAAUUAAAAUUAUUCUAAAAUUAUCAUAAAUACUGAUGCAGUCUACAAAACUUAAGUACCAUUAAUUUGAUUUAUAGUUUUGUAGAAAAUUCUUGAUACAGAAGUUUUAAGUGUCUCUCUCUGCAAAUAUGUGUGGUUAGUUCAUAUUCAGUGUAAUAUAUAUCUGUUAAUCUGUGUUUGCCCCUGAAAUUUUAGUUGGUUGCAGGCAAAUACUAUAAGUAAAGUGUAAUCAUUUUUCACUCUACUUUUUCAAGUUGAAUUUAGCACACGUUUCUUGAUGCGCAUUGAUGAGUACAUUUUAGUGAAUUACAUUUUAUUAAAACAUCAAAAUAUAUAAAAAGAAACUUAAUAAAUUGUGACUGGUUAAUAAUAACAACAUCACAAAUAUCAUUUAAAACAUAAAGUUUUAUAACUAAGUAAAAAUUCUUUUAUAAUUGGUCAAGCAAAAUUGUUAUCACAGUAAGACUGAUAAUAUUUAAGUCACACCAUGUAUUUUGUUUACUUGAUUGAUUGUGAUAAAUACUAAGUGAUUGGGAUGGGGGCUACUGAUACGAAUUAUUUUUUUCCAUAUCUAUGUUUUAUGUAUUAUUUGUUGAUACAUUGUGUACUGUAAUGCAAGUAAUGUAUUGUUCUCAUCUUGGAAUGUUAAAAUUUUAUUCAGCAUGUCUCACUCAUUUUUUUUUUUUUUUCAUUUUAAUAUAGAGUGGUUAAACUACAGUACGUGGUAGAAUUGUUUGUGAAGUAUAAGCAUCUGAGAAAGCAGUGGUUAAAAUUCUAUAUUUUUGUUCUAUGUAUAAAUAUAUGAGAAGGUUUUAAGAAAUGUAAAUGUUACAUGAGUAUGAAUGCUAAUAAACUAUAACAUUAUA